AUGGCGCGACUUCAACAGUACAUCGAGCGCGUAAAUAGUGGUCUUGUCAAUGCAAAGGCAGAGCCCAAGUUCACAGAGAAGACACCAGUGGCAGCCCACUUGGACGGAGACAAUGGAUUCGGAUUCAUAGUCGCAACCAAGGCCAUGGAGAGUGUCAUUGAGCGCGCGGAGAUUUUUGGCAUCGGCAUCGUGACUGCGAACCACUCGAACCACUUCGGCAUGGCCGCGACUUAUGUCCUCCAAGCCCUGGAUGCCGGCAUGAUAUCCCUCGUCUUCACAAAAUCGGCCAAACAGAUGCCUCCAUUCGGUGGAAAGGACACGCUCCUCGGUAUUUCCCCGUUUGCUGCUGGGGCGCCCAGCAAGGACGAGAUCCCAUACAUCUUGGACAUGGCCCCGUCGGUUGUUGCCAAGGGAAAGAUCAGGAAGGCGGCGAGGCGAGGCGAGAAGAUCCCGCUCGGCUGGGCAUACGACGAGAAUGGAAAGCCAACUGAGGACGCCGAGGCUGCACUCAAUGGCUCCAUGGCCCCCAUCGGCGGACCUAAAGGCUCUGGUAUUGCGAUUCUCAUGGACAUCAUGUCAGGCGUGCUUUCUGGAGCUGAGUUCGGCGGUCAGGUCGGAGACCAGUACAAGGAGGCAAGGCCACAGAAUGUGGGCCACUGCUUCAUUGCCAUCAAGCCUGAUGUCUUUAUCGGCGCGGAGGAGUUCAAGUCGCGCAUGGACACAUUAGUUCAGCGGGUACACGCCGUCACACCAUCCGAGGGUUUCAAGGAAGUGCUGUUUCCGGGCGAGCCUGAGCAUCGCCUUUCCCUUGAGCGGGAAAAACAAGGCAUUCCGUAUGCCGAUGCUGAGAAGAAAAUGUUUGACGAGUUGGCAGAGACGUACGGAGUGCCGGCGAUGGCUCUAUCUGCUACACCGCUUAAUUAA